AUGGCGUCCUUUAAACUUACAUUGAUGGUCACCGUUGCCACUCUUUCCAGUCUCGACACAGCUGCUGCUUUGAGAGGUCUCGAGGCUGGUGCUGGUGCUGCCAGAGGGCCGACUACUGUCCUACCAGUUUGCAGCGCUGUCAGUCUGGGCUCGUUACACAUCGACAUGAUAACUGCAGGAUGCACAGGGAACGAAGCCAGGAGGGUCUGUUCCGUUGGUGUAUCCAAUCCCGGUGGAUACCCUCUGUGUGAAGAACUAGAAGCAGAGACGUGCGGCUCCGACUGCAACUGCUGGAGUACGUGCACUGAUCAUGCGUGCAACCCCGACUCCCUAUCGGCGGGUAUGUUUUUACCUUCCUCCAUUGCUCCUUGUAAAUCUUACAUGAGCUGGUGCAGGUUUCUUUUUUAUCUACAGCGCUACCUUUGUAAAGCAGGCACAACAGGCUCAGAAAGCGAUGAAGAAAAUAUGGUACACGGGUCAACCAAACAGGCCAAUAGUAGCCUUGCAGCGAGGUGGCCAACCUUAAAAAGGACUGCCCAAGACUCAAGCAUUCUUACACCCCAACCGGAGCACACCAAUUUCGUGCGGCACGCUUGGCUCUGUAGCUCUCUCGCUAUCCCGGAAGCUACUAGAAAGGAUGGCGGCUUCUGA